AUGGCCGAAGUAAUUGAAGUCUACAUUGAUCAUAUCAAAUACACUAACGAAUCUGAAAAUACUAGUUUUAUGACCAAAGUGGUCAGCGUCAAUGAUGAUAAAUUUAUUAAUGAAGCUGAAGAUGCCAACUUUUCAAUACCUUCCAAUGAGGUUUCUAAUAACCCUGAAUCUCCAAUUCGAAUCAAUAAGAUUGUUAAUCAACAUAAUCACACUUUAAGCGUUGAAAAAAUUAAUUUUGAUGAAAAUAAGAAGUUCUCACCUGAAAUAUUGGAGGAUAUAAAAUUUUUAACUUCCCAUUGUAAAUUCGGGGCAACAGUGCAGCGAAAGCUCUUAGAAGGAAAGUAUCCUGUGCAACUGAUACAUUCUAAGGAUCUAUAUAUAGCAAUUCAGAAGUUUCAACCAACUUCUAAAUCAUUAUCCAACAAUGCAUCUUUGAUGUCUAGUUGGUUAGAUAACCAAAAAGAAAUUGAUUCUCGAUGA